GGAGCUGGGGCAUGGCCUCUGGGUGACUGGGCCUGAUUCUUUCUUGGGUUUUGUUUCUGUCUCCCCUCCUCCCCUGUCCCCUCCUCCCUUCUGCCACCACCCACCUCAGACUUCCUCCUUCACUUGCCUGGACGCUGCGCCACGUCCCACCGGCCCUUACACUGUGGUGUCCAGCAGCAUCCGGCUUCAUGGGGGGCCUUGAACCCUGCAGCAGGCUCUUGCUCCUGCCUCUCCUGCUAGCUGUGGGUGGUCUCUGUCCUGUCCAGGCUCAGGCCCAGAGCGAAUGCAGCUGCUCCGCGGUGAGCCCGGGCGUGCUGGCGGGGAUCGUGCUGGGGGACCUGGUGCUGACAGUGCUUAUCGCCCUGGCCGUGUACUUCCUGGGCCGGCUGGUCCCUCGGGGGCGAGGGGCUUCGGAGGCCACACGGAAACAGCGUAUCGCUGAGACCGAGUCGCCUUAUCAGGAGCUCCAGGGUCAGAGAUCGGAUGUCUACAGCGACCUCAACACACAGAGGCCGUAUUACAAAUGAGCCCGAAUCAUGACAGUCAGCAACCUGAUAUCUGGAUCCAGCCAUUCCUGAAGCCUACCCAGCAACUCAUUCCAACUCCUACCGCCAUAAAGACCCACAGGGUGCUGUCCCCAGGAGACCAGACCUCUCCCCAGUGCUGCCCCCAAAUAAACAUGAAGUGCAAAAACAUGA